AACAUUCCUAGAACAGGGGUCUCUCUCUUCUUCCUUGGGCAUCUCACCGAAACCCUAAAAUCUAGAAAGAAAGAAAAGAUGGGUACUGACAUGGUUCUUCAAUUGGCGAUCCUAGUGCUCACGUUAGGAAUAUUCUUCGUCCUACACAAAUACCCAAGACAAGCCCUAAACAAGAUCCGCACGCGGGGCCGAUCAACAGCGCAAGCCAAUCGUCAUUUCAUUAACGGAGCCCAGCUCCUAGCGCGAGCUAGAUCCGUCCGCAAUCGCACCACUGCGGCCAACCUUGCCAAAGACGCCGCCGUGGAGGCCGACAAAGCUUUAGCCUUCGAUCCACGCGAUGCCGCCGCGCAUAUCUUGAAAGCAUUGAUUCUAGAUCUGAUGGGACACAAGAGUUCUGCUCUCCGAUCGCUUGAUACGGCGUUAUCGUCUGCGGCGGCGAAAUCGCUGUCGGGUAGUGAUAGAGGAGAUGCGCUUGUGAAGAGGGCGGAAUUGCAGAUUGCGUUGAAUCGGAAGAGGAGAGUUGAAUCGGCGGUGGUGGAUCUUGAAGAAGCGGUGGGUUUGAGUCCGGCGAACUCGAAGGCUUAUUGUUUAUUGGGUGUAUGCUAUGAGAUGAAGGGGAUGAAAGAAGAAGCUAGGAAGGCUUUCGAGGAAGCGAUAAGGCUUGAACCGAGGUCUGAUCCGGCUCGUCAAGGUCUGAAUCGGUUGGCUACUUGACCAAACAGAAGCCGGCUCGAUCAUUUUUUAUUUUUAUUUUUUGGUUAGGCAUGUAUGAAACUCUACAUUUCCAAUAGAGGAAUUUUAGACCGAUUAAUCUCA